UGACGUGUGCAUGUGAGAUGAGAAAGAUUUAACAGUUAAGGGUAAAAUAGUAAAUACGAAUGUUUCAUAUUUUUGUAAUAUAUUUUUCACUUGUCAUUCCUGUUGAAAUUUAAAAAAAAUUCUCACUGAUUUGUGGUUUACAUCUUCUGCCAACCCACCGAUUAUUUCACCAAUUUUCAAUCCGCUCUGAAUUCUGAUCACCAAACGAGCCCACCAUUUCAUCUUCUUUAUCCAAAGUCAAAAACCCAUCUCUCUCUCUCUCUCUCUCUCUCUCUCACACACACACACACCCCUUCAAACAUGCCUCUUUUAGUUCUGAUGGUGAUCUUGAUACUUCUCUCAAUCCUCUUAAUAAAAUUCAUACACUCAAUCAUAUGGAUCCCACUGAAGUUUCAACAACACUUCAGGAAGCAAGGCAUAGGGGGGCCUAGCUACCGUCCGAUUAUCGGAAACUCGGCCGAAACCAGACGGCGUAUGAUCGCGGAAGCUGAAUCGAGGCCGAUAUCGUUCAACCAUGAUAUAGUUGGGAGGGCGAUUCCGCACUACUACAACUGGUCAAGGGUUUAUGGGAAGACAUUUCUGUACUGGUUCGGACCGAAGCCGCGAUUGGCUAUAGCCGAACCGGAGAUGAUUAAGGAGGUGUUGCUGAAUAAGAAUGGGUCGUUUGACAAGGUUGGGUUCAACCCAUUGUCUAGGUUGCUCUUUGGACAAGGACUUGUUGGGUUAACUGGUGACAACUGGGCCCUUCAUAGGAGAAUUACAAGCCAGGCUUUCAACAUGGAGACAGUUAAGGGUUGGGUGCCAGAAAUUGUGGCUAGUACCAUGAAGAUGUUACAGAAGUGGAAGGCAGAAAGAGGAGGGAGAGAUGAAUUUGAGUUGGAGGUGCACAAACAACUUCAUGAGCUCUCUGCGGAUAUCAUAUCUAGGACGGCUUUCGGGAGUAGUUUUGAAAAAGGAAAGCGCAUUUUUGAAUUACAAGAACGCCAAACAAUUCUAGUGUUACAAGCCAUAAGGAGUGUCUACAUUCCUGGAUUUAGGUUCUUGCCCACUAAGAAGAACAGAAUGAGGCAGCAGUUGGAGAAGGAAACUCGAGAAUCAAUAAGGACACUAAUUAUUAACAACAAAACUAGAGAAAAUCCAAAAAGUCUACUUUCUUUGUUGUUGUCUGUCCAUAAGAAUCAGGAUGGGGAAGAAGAGAGAUUAGGAGUGGAAGAAAUCAUAGAUGAAUGUAAGACAUUUUACUUUGCAGGAAAGGAAACCACUGCCAAUCUUUUGACUUGGGCACUUCUGCUGCUAGCAUUACACCAAGAAUGGCAAAGCAAGGCUCGAGAAGAAGUGUUUUGCAUUUGCAGGGAUAGUGAGCUCCCGACUGUUGCGAAUUUAAAUGACUUCAAGACUGUGAGCAUGAUACUAAAUGAAACAUUGCGACUUUACCCUCCAGCAGUGAUGUUGAUGAGGCAAACAUCCAAAAAUGUGACGCUAGGCGGGCUCGACGUUCCAGCUAACACCCAACUCUAUCUGGCCAUGACUGCUGUUCAUCAUGAAACUGAGAUAUGGGGAGCAGAUGCUAAUGAGUUCAAUCCUUUGAGAUUUACCGGGGCUCGAAAGCAUCUCGCCGCAUUCUUUCCAUUUGGUUUGGGUGCCAGAAUUUGCGUAGGUCAAAAUUUGGCAGUAAUGGAAGCCAAAAUUGUUUUAGCUAUGAUCGUCCGACGGUAUAUUUUCUCAAUAUCACCCUCAUAUGUGCAUGCCCCAAUUCAGUACAUGACCUUGCAACCUCAACAUGGUGCACACAUUCUCUUCAGGAACAUUACAAGUUGAAUUUUUGUCUGAAAUAAUGUUUGGUUUUAUUGUUGUUUGGAUCUAGUAAAAUUUCACUGUCUUGUACAUGUAUAAUUUGCUAUGUUUGACAUUAAUCUUUUAGAAUAUACCAUAUGCUGAGCUCGGUUGAACCCA